AUGUUAAGAGACAAAGGAGAAAUGUUAAGAGACAAAGGAUCUGGUGUUGACGGCGAAAUGUUAAGGGACAAAGGAUCUGGUGUGGACGGCGAAGUGUUAAGCGACAAAGGAUCUGGUGUUGACGGCGAAAUGUUAAGGGACAAUGCAUCUGGUGUUGAUGGCGAAAUGUUAAGAGACAAACGAUCUGGUGUGGACGGCGGAAUGUUAAUAGACAAAGCAUCUGGUGUGGACGGCAAAACGUUAAGAGACAAAGGAUCUGGUGUUGAGGGCGAAAUGUUAAGAGACAAAGGAUCUGGUGUGGACGGCAAAACGGAAAGAGACAAAGGAUCUGGUGUGGACGGCAGAACGUUCAGAGACAAAGGAUCUGGUGUGGGCGGCGAAACGUUAAGAGACAAAGGAUCUGGUGCGGAACAAAAGGGUAAGUGGCAAAGGAUCUGGUGUGGACGGCAAAUGUUAAGAGAAAAAGAUCUGGUGUGGACGGCGAAAUGUUAA